AGCGACGCCGAGAGAGAGGCGUCGGGACGCCUCCGUCCUCGCGCUCAGUCACCGCCCAAGCUGCACCGCGAGCGAUUCGUCGUGUCGCCGCGUGAAAAGAGAAAGAGAAAAAUAACGAGGGGCAGGGAGGAAGGGAGCGCACAUCCGUGCUACGAUCCCGCGCCCUUUGAGCCGCGUCGAGUGCGACUCGCCCUGCACCCUUGCUCCUCGUGCUCUCCCGCAGUGACCGCUCCCGGUGGUCGUCGUUUCCGCUCGCGAUCGCGAUCGCGAUCGAUCGAUCGCACGCGCGCCGCGAGUGACAGAAGACCCGGUUGCCGCCUUUCGCGCGCGACUUUUUCGAGCCGACGAAGCGAAGCGAGGGCAGGAAGUGGUGGUGGUGGUGCCGCGGUGCCGUGGAGGUGCGUCCGCCGGCGAGGGGGGUCUUGAGGGCAACGCGUUCCUCUGGAGGCGCUCAGGAGGCAGUCAAGAUCCAUCGCCGCCCGGAGAUGUCGGAAAGUCAAGGUGAGGCGAGGACGUGAGGGUUGAUCCGAUGAAUGGGGCCGAGCUCAGACAAAGUUUUCAGCCGAGGGCGAUCAUGACAGGAACAUACCGGAGAUCGGUGAGUACAGAAAGCGCGUACGAAGAUGAGGAGCAGUUCGCCAGGGGCAGUGCAACCCCUGGUGAAGUUGUCGGUGAAGAGGACGACAGUCUGGGUGAAGGUAGUGCGAAUAACUUCCCCUUGAGGAUGGCGGCCGACACAGCGAGAGGUCGAAUCGCCGCCGUCACCGGCGGCUUCCUACGGGGUUCCGGGCAGCACGUUAACUUUGAUCCCGAGGCCGGCCCUCCCCCACCGCCGUAUCCCGCCGCCGUCGCGCAACAGCAAACGACUAGUCUGCUCGAACGACCGGAAAUCGACAAAAAAGUCAAGAGGCACAGCAUACACGGCAUGAUGGAGGAAGAGAACGUGGUGCGACCUCAUCAGGAAAUGGCCAGCCUGUCGCUUCAGGAGAAGAAAUAUCUUCUUGCCGUGGAGCGCGGAGAUGUGGCUUCCGUUAGAAGAAUGCUGCAAAAAGCCCACGAGACCGAAAUUAAUAUCAACUGCGUGGAUCCUCUCGGACGAUCGGCUCUUCUCAUGGCGAUCGAUAAUGAAAAUCUGGAGAUGGUGGAGCUUCUAAUAGAGCACAAGGUCGAUACCAAGGAUGCGCUUCUCCAUGCCAUCUCCGAGGAGUUCGUCGAGGCGGUGGAGGUUCUUCUAGAGCACGAGGAGAGUUUUCACAAAAACGGCGAUCCACAUAGCUGGGAGGCUCUGCCGCCUGAUACAGCCACGUUCACGCCCGACAUCACGCCGUUGAUCCUGUCGGCUCACAGGGACAACUACGAAAUAAUAAAGAUCCUCCUAGAUCGUGGAUCCACUCUGCCGAUGCCGCAUGAUGUUCGCUGUGGAUGCGACGAGUGCGUGACAUCCAGGAUGGAGGAUUCCCUCAGGCAUUCGAGGAGCCGAAUAAACGCCUAUCGGGCACUGGCCUCACCAUCCUUGAUAGCACUGUCGUCUAAGGAUCCUAUCCUGACUGCCUUCGAACUCUCCUGGGAACUUCGACGACUAUCGUUCCUGGAGCACGAAUUCAAGUGCGAGUAUCAAGAGCUUCGAAGACAGUGCCAAGAUUUCGCCACCGCCCUGCUGGACCACACUAGAACUUCUUACGAGCUCGAAGUCCUGCUGAAUCAUGACCCAACGGGACCAGCUUUUGAGCACGGAGAGAGGAUGCAUCUCAAUCGUUUAAAAUUAGCCAUUAAACUGAGACAGAAGAAGUUCGUGGCGCAUCCCAACGUGCAGCAGCUACUGGCAUCGAUCUGGUACGAGGGUCUGCCGGGAUUCCGGAGGAAGAACUUGUUCCUCCAGGUGCUGGAGAUCGUCAGGAUCGGCAUACUCUUCCCAUUUCUCAGCGUGGCGUACAUCAUCGCGCCUCACAGCGUGGUCGGCCAGACCAUGAGGAAGCCGUUCAUCAAAUUCAUCUGCCACUCCGCGUCGUAUUUCACUUUUCUAUUCAUGUUAAUUCUGGCUAGUCAGCGGAUAGAAAGCGUGAUCGGUAAUUGGAUGGGACACGACGUAGUCGAGGAACCUCAACCAGCGCCGACGAAGAGAGGUGCCGCGCCGACGAUCGUGGAAUGGUUUAUAUUGGCCUGGGUGUCGGGGUUGAUCUGGUCGGAGGUGAAACAAUUGUGGGACGUGGGCCUGGAGGAGUACGCGCACGACAUGUGGAACGUGAUCGACUUCGUAACGAACUCGCUGUACGUAGCCACCGUGGCGCUCAGGGUUGUAGCCUACUACAGGGUACAGAAGGAGAACGAAGAGCAGAAGCCGGGCUUUGUGACCGAGCUUCAGCGGGAGCAAUGGGACACUUGGGAUCCGAUGCUUAUCUCCGAGGGCCUCUUCUCUGCCGCCAACAUUUUCAGCUCGCUAAAGCUCGUCUACAUAUUCUCCGUUAAUCCGCACCUCGGCCCCCUCCAAGUUUCCCUGUCGAGGAUGGUCAUGGACAUUAUGAAGUUCUUCUUCCUCUACGUGCUGGUUCUCUUCGCUUUCUCGUGCGGUCUGAAUCAACUUCUGUGGUAUUACGCGGACAUGGAGAAGAAGCGGUGUCCCACAGAAUGGACGUAUCCACCGAACGCCAACGUUACCACCGACUCCAACGCGUGCAUCGUCUGGCGCAGAUUUGCAAAUUUAUUCGAGACGACGCAAACGUUGUUCUGGGCGGUUUUCGGUUUGGUGGAUCUCGAGAGCUUCGAACUGGACGGCAUCAAGGUGUUCACCAGAUUCUGGGGUAUGCUGAUGUUCGGCACUUAUUCGGUCAUCAACAUCGUCGUUCUCCUGAAUCUCCUGAUCGCGAUGAUGAAUCAUUCCUAUCAAUUAAUCUCGGAGCGCGCCGACGUCGAGUGGAAGUUCGCGAGGAGUAAACUUUGGAUCAGCUAUUUCGAGGAGGGCGGAACCGUGCCACCGCCCUUUAACAUCAUACCAACCCCGAAGAGCGCCUGGUACGUUGCACAAUGGGUGUAUCGGAAGCUUUGCGGGCAUAGCAGGGCGGCGAAGAAGGAGCACAUGCGCACGAUCAGGCGAAAAGUCAAGCAGGCUUCUGAGCGUGACUUCAGAUAUCAAAGCAUCAUGAGAAAUUUGGUAAGACGAUACGUCACCGUCGAGCAACGUAAGGCCGAAGGCGAGGGUGUCACGGAGGAUGACGUGAACGAGAUCAAGCAAGACAUCAGUGCAUUUCGCUGCGAGCUCAUCGAGAUACUCAAGAAUUCCGGCAUGAACACUUCAACCGCGGCGGGCAGUGGUACCGACGGUAGGCUUAAAGAGCUGUCCAUAGGUGCGGGCGGCAAGAAGAAUCGUCAGAAGGAGCGGCGCCUGAUGAAGGGUUUCAACAUCGGGCCACAGCCGGGCGGAAGUGGCACUCUACCGCCCGUGGCGGAAUUCAUCGCAUCCCUACAGCAGGUGCAACACGAGAACUCCCAUGAGCUAUUUGGCUCGACACUGAGCGGUAUAUUCGGACCAGGUGCGACCCCGAAGAAGAGCCCGCAUCAUACCAGCACUAAUAGUGUGCCCGGACUCGCCACCGGAUCCCGACAAAGUCGUGGUACCCGAAGCAGCUCUCGGAAGAAGCGUUGGGGCACGCUAAUCGAAGCGGCGAAGGCCGGAAAGGUCUCCAGGCUCAUCGGUAGAUCUCGUUCGGAAGAUUCGGUGUAUUCACCAGCGUCGGAGGACGGCGGCUCACGAUCCGAGGGCUCGUCCGACUCCAAAUCCUCUCUGGAGACGCCUGGUCCUGAUGUACAAAGCGUGCAGCAUCCCCAUCACUCUCACUCUCAUCACGCGCACCAUCACGAGGCCCAUCACGUGUUCACUCACGGUUUGGGCCCAGCCCUGGCCGCCCUGAGGAAGAAGCGCAAAAAGUUCUCCGCGUCGAGAUCCUCCACGUCCGCGAUGACCAGCAGCACCAACACAAACCCCGUGGAUCCGGGCGCGAUGCAUUCGGUGGCGACCGUCCUCGCGUCCAGGGUCUCGAAGAAGCAGCUGCAGCGCGCCAGCAGCGUGCCCACCCGGGGCCCGGAAAUGAUGCCGCAGUCAGUGUCACGACGACACGAGGCCAUUCAGAGCCAACAACCCAGCCUCGACGUCAUCGAGGUCGCCAGUAUCAGCGAGCAGCAGGGUGUUGUCAGCACGGGUCCACUGACGCCGUCUACCACCGAAGAGAGCGUGGUGGUGAGCGGCGUGCCGUCGAAGUUCACCGUGAAGCGUAACGGAUCGGCGACGCAGCUGCAACGUCUUCCUGGCAUCGAGCCGAUUUCCGGCCACGACGAGUCCGCCGGGUGGCUCUGAGGAAAACGACGUGUCGCCGACGGGCGGCAGUCGACCAGCUGACACCAGGAAGCAUCAGUCGGAACUCGCUAGCUUCGAGCUUCGUUUUCAACGGCUAUGAGGCUAGGACGACGCUGACGACGAUCGUAUACCUAUACACGCGCGCAGCACGACCGUCCCGACGUCGGCAGACGCACAAUGAUGCCUUUCUCGCGACGCGAUGCGCCCACGCCGAUUAAACGUAAGAGCGACGUCGAUCGGGAAUCUCGAAGAACUUCCAACUUCCCGUCGGCCCACCGGAAACGCUCCUCAUUUCACAAACGAGCGUCCCCCUUUAGCACGAGCGCAGUUUCCACCCUCUGAUCGUAUCGACGUCCGACUGCUCGAAAGCACAUUCUGAUAACGAUUGCGUUACAUUUAUUCCAGUACUUCUUAUAUUUUAUACACAUAUUUUUCUACGUUCUGCCUUUCUUAUACACGCAAAAGAAUUUUCUGAUAAGUUUGUUUUUUAUACGUCUUUUCCGAUUUAAGCAAAUUGUUUUGCGAUCGUACGUAAGAUCGUACGUAGGAUCGCGUUAUUUGCUUAGAGUUCUUGUCAUUUAUUCGUUGUGCGGUUGACGAGGACCGCGGAUUGUCUGUCACGCAUCUGUACGAUCGAUCGCGCGAGCUUCUCCUUUACUUUGCGCGAUCGUAGGAUCUCCUCGCGUGAUUAUCUUUGAGCGACGAUCGACGGUAGGUCGUAUUUACUACUAUUAUUACUACUGCCAGAACGGGAAGUUGCAUGUGUGGGUCGGCGGUAAAAGUAGCCUAGUCAACACUAGUCAGUCAGACGGUCUCGUUACAGAAGAAGAUAAGAGACAGAAUGACAAUUAUUACGUUAUUAAGUUAACUACCGUGGAAUUACGACGGGUUACGUCACGUUAAGUAAGAGUUACACGAGUAGAAGUCGAAUCUAUCGCAUCUUCAGAGCUGGUCUACUGAAGAAAGAGACUUUCGCAGCCACCUGGCUUCCUUCAGGCAUACGAAGCUUGCGGUUUUCUUUGGUGGUUUACGUAUUUAUGUAUUUCCUCCGCGCGAUCUCACGGAAAUCUCACUCUAGUCAGCGAAUUUCAACGAUACGAUUAUUGCCAAGGCGGUGGAUUUUUAUUAUUUUUUAAUCUACAAUAGCUCAGAGAGAGAACAGCCACGAACGGAGGACAACUAUUACGUAACAAUUCUUCCGUACGAUGCGCGCUGUGGAUUGCACGAAAGGGAGACAGAGAGAGAAAGAGAGAGAGAAAGAGAGAGAGAGAGAGAGAGAGAGAGAGAGAGAAAGAAAGAAAAGCUGGAUCCUUAAAGCUUUGUUCGCCGAAAAUUCUUGUCUCAAGGUUCAUUGAGUCCUGCUUCAAGCUCACGAUUGCGUCGAUCUUCGACGAUCCAGCGCGUGCUUUUCACGGUCCGCCUAUGUUAAGGCUGUCGAGUAGCUACGAAGUCUUUCGUUCUGCCGAAUCGGCGAGAGACAUCGUCUUGAUCCGCGCGCGAUUCGCCCGGACUUUUCGCGGGACGCAAGAAAGCGGGAAGCAAGAGUGGCACGACCAAAGAACACGCCGCAACACAUAGUCGAGUAGUGGCCUAAGGAAACGGAAGUCCGUACACUAUUUCCUAAAUACUAUCGUGUAUAUGUACGUUAAUAAUAAUAAUUAUUAUUGUUAAUGUUAAACGAGCCGCGCACUCGCGUGACCGACAUCACGGGGAAGUUUCGGGGGCGCGGUUCGCUCUAAGGGCGCUAUCCAAACGCACGUUCGCUUCCCUAUUCAUCAAUUUUUCCCGGUGGCGGUCUCGUUGGCGCGUUGCAAAAGAGAUACCUAUAGUUAUUAUUGAGGUAUUAUGUAUCUAUCAAGCGGACCAAACUGUACUUUAUAUAUUUAUUUAAGCGACAUAAUGUCUUAAUUAAGGUAAAAGUUUAUUUGAAGAAUUUAGAAUUACGUAAUCUUGCACUGAAACCAAUAAUCGAAAAAUAUAUUGCUUGUUAGUUGAAUACGAAGAUCAAUAAUGACUUUUCGUCUCACGUUUAUUUCAGUUUAUUUAGUUAUUUAUUUCAGUGCGGCAAAAUGCGAACGGUUUGGCGCUCUUGGUAGAUGUAUAGGGUGAUUUAGUCGUUAUACCGCCUCCAUGUAUUAUUUAUAUGAGAUUAUUAAUGUAAAUGUGUGAAGCUAGAUCUCUCUCUAGUUGGUAGUAAGCCGUAGCGAGCGUUCACUGUGAAAGAAGCAUAGGCACCAGUGAACAAAUUUAAACGAACAACACGGAACCAACUGAAUUUAAUCGAAUUCACGGAAUUAUUCGGAUUAACAGGCAGUCCUGCGAAUCCGAUCGAAUUUUUUCACGAUUGUAGACGUCAAAAAAAUGAAAUGCCGAGGAUCCUUCUUUGCGGACGCGCGUGUUGCGCGCCUUCGUGCGAGAAACGCAUUAACAUAUUACGAAACAUAUUACGUAAUGGUAAUACGAAAAAAAUGUAGCACGGAGAAAUCUCUCUCUCGAAAAUCCGAAGUUCCGGAUGUUUUCCAGAGGAAGCUGAUCGCGAUCCGAGGCCCGUGAUGAAUUAUGGCCGCAUGAAUCACAAUGCUCGAGUAGUAAAGAUAACAAGCGUGAUACCUGAGGCAUUAAUCGCUCGAGCCACCGUAUGUUGCUCAAGGCGAUGCUGCGUUCCGAAUUGUAGUUGCGUAACUACAGAAAAAGCGAGGAAUCAGUCGGAUUAAUCUCAAUUACGAAUUUUGUUUCUUCUCUGAAACGUAUAUAUAAAUAUGCAUAUACAUAUUUACGAUGUGACAUUUAGCGAGUUGCGUCAAACGCAAAGCGAUACGAAUGCUCUUUCAAUCUCUUCGCAUUUAAUGCAGUGUUACAGACUUAACGCUACGAUCUGUUCGAUACAUUAACUCGCUAUUAUCCGAACGAUGGAUUUUGAUCAAACAGACAUUACGAUAAGCGACAAACAUUUCAUUCAACGUAAAUCGAUUACAUCGACUUCGUAUUGUAGUAUUGAUUGAAUUUCGGUGGGAAUUAGCGGACAACAACUGACACAAGAUGACCAUUAAUAAAAUAUCAUUUAUUCUG